CCCACCCCAUCACGGCUCUAUCACUUCCGUUCUCACUGCAUACCCGUCUCUUUCUCUAUAUAUAUUUAUACCGUUAGAUCUCCUGCAUGAAGAAAACUCCAAGCCGCAAACCUCCUUUGAAGCCUUCCCUUCCAUGCUCGCUGCUCCCCUCUUCAAGCACCACUCCAAGUCAUAAUGCUUCAGUGAAGCACCUCCUCCACGUAGCUGCCCAUCCCCACUGCCCAGUCCCACGCGAAAUCUGACAAACACCUUGCCCCUUUCAUCAACCGCAACCACCCACACGCACGGCAACACCACCACAAGUCGCUGACGUGGAAGCCCCUGUUUUAGCCUCCUGAAACAGAGCAACGACAGCCUUAUCCUCAACCCCUUUUCGGUGCCACCAGUCACGGCAAGGAGAUACAGCGGCGUCGAUCAGUAGAGCCUCAGAAAACGCAGGUCGUUUCACCCGAGGUCCGCCGUGACCACCUGCUGCAGCCCAGCUCGCCGCGUAUCCACCGUCCACUUCCCAGCUCUUCGCGCAACUCCUUCCCGCACGGGGCGUAAGAUUCCAAAACCUAGAAGUACUUUCUUCGUUGAUUUGACUUCAAGAACCAAGAACAUGAGUGUCGAACCUUUUAACAGGCUGGUGAAGCUCGCAGCAAGAGCAUUCUACGAUGACAUAACGAUGAAAAGGGAUAAUAAACCCAAAGAGUGUCGGAGUGACAACAGAGGCAUCGCCGUCGUGGUGCUCGACGCGCUCACUAGACGUCAAUGGGCAAGAGAAGAAGAUUUGGCCAAGGACUUGAAAUUACAUUUGAAACUUCUUCGUCGAACCUUGCGAUUCUUCGAGGAAGAAAAACUGGUUACCCGAGAUCAUACGAGAGAGACAGCUCAGGGAGAGAAGAUAUUUAAUGCUGCUGUAGCUGCCACAGUUGCUGGUCAACAGACAGCAAAAGUGGGGGAUAAAAAGAUUAAGAUGCGCACUCGCUCAUACUGUUGCCUUGAUUAUGCUCAGAUAUACGAUGUGGUUAGGUACAGAUUGCAGUGUAUGAAGAAAAAAAUGAAAGAUGAAUUGGAGAACAAGAACACAGUUCAGGAGUACAUAUGCCCUAAAUGUGGGAAAAGGUAUACCGCAUUGGAUGCGAGGUUAAUCUCUUUGGAUGAUGAAUAUUUUCACUGUGAAAGUUGUAACGGGCAACUUGUGGCCGAGAGUGACGAAUUAGCUUCUCAAGAAGGAGGAGAAGGAUAUGACAAUGCAAGGAGGCACAUGCUUCAAAAGAUGGAGGUACAACUCAAGCCUUUAGUGGAGCAACUUUGUAGAGUAAAAAACUUGCCUGUUCCUGAAUUUGGUGGUCUUCAAGCAUGGGAGGCUCGAGCAAGAGCUGCUGGUCGUGCAGCAAAUGGUGAUUUUAGUGCCAUUGAUCCUUCUAGAUCUUCUCAGGGGCUGGGGUAUGGGCCUUUUUUAGGAGACACUAAGAUUGAAGUUGACUUUUCUGGGGCUGAAGGCAAGCGAGAUAAUACUAAAACUGAAAAUAAGAGUGCAUCUCCGAAAGUUUUGCCGCCAUGGAUGAUCAAGGAAGGAAUGAACCUGUCAGAAGAGCAACAGGGAGAGGUCAAGCAGGAGUCAAACAUGGACGGCGGCUCAGCAUCUUUAGAAUUUUCAGAUGACAAGAAGUCAACUAUCGUGAAUGAUGAUAAGAAGAAUGUACAGGAUGAGUAUAUCAAGGCUUACUAUGCCGCCUUACUCAAGAAGCAGCAAGAGCUAGAAGAAGCUGCCAAGCAACAAGAUGAAUUGUCAAAUGCACAAUCCUUCAAUGGUAUCUCUGGCAUGACUUCUAAUCGCCAAGUUGGAAUGAAAUCGAAACGGGAGGAGGAUGAGGGCGACGAUGUGGAAUGGGAAGAGGCUCCAGUUGCAGGCAAUGCAAAUGAGAAUUACAAAGUUCAUCAAGCUAAUGUUUUGGGAGACGACAUAGAUUGGGAGGAAGGUUGAAGAGAGUAGUGGAAGGUUGAAGAUAGUAGUUUUCUAGCCUAACUGGCAGAUUGUCAUGACUUCAUUUUAUCUGUCAGAUAUUUUUAGCCCGCAGAAUCGUGGUUUGGUGGCCAUUGACCGUAUGUUUCCCAUAAUUUUUUACAAAUGCAAAUGAGAAUUACAAAGUUCAUGACUUGAACAUUCAAGCUGAUGUUUCGGGAGAUGAAGAUGACAACGAUAUAGAUUAGGAUGAAGGUUGAAGAGAGUAGUUUUCUAGCCUAACAGGUAUGUCAGAGUUGGCAAAAAUGGAGUUGAGCAACAUUAAGCAUGGUAAAUGGUGAAAAGACAAUAGAGCAAGAGAUAGUAAAUGACAAAGCAUGAAAAGGAAAUAAGUCUGUAAAAUGUUGUGUAUUUCAUGCUGUACAGUGACUACGAAUAUAUAGAAGGAAUCAGUUAAACCUAUACAAUGCAAAAUACUGAAAUAUCCCUAAACAUUUAUACAAAUGACUACUUGUCCA